CGGCGGCCUCCGCGCCCCGCCCCUGCCGCGGUCGGCGCAGCGGGCGCGCACUCGGCGGGCGGCGCCGGGCGGGCAGCCUCGUUCCUUCGGUGUGUGCGCGCAGCUCCGUCGUCUCCAGCCCGCCGCCGCCGUCGUCGCUUUGUUCCCGGGCUCGCCGCGGAGCAGCCCCCGCGCCACCCUGGCGUCGUCCUCGUCGCCGUCGCCGCCGCCCCCCGCGCGCGGCCGGGCCCUGCCCCCCAUGGUCUCCCGGCCGGAGCCGGAGGGCGAGACCAUGGACGCGGAGCUGGUGGUGACGCCCCCGGGCUGCUCGCACCUGAGCAGCUUCAAGGUGGACAACUGGAAGCAGAACCUGCGCGCCAUCUACCAGUGCUUCGUGUGGAGCGGGACGGCCGAGGCCCGCAAGCGCAAGGCUAAGUCGUGUGUCUGCCAUGUUUGUGGUGGUGUGCACCUCAACAGGCUUCACUCCUGCCUGCACUGUGUCUUCUUUGGCUGCUUCACAAAGAAGCACAUUCAUGAACAUGCCAAGUCAAAGCGGCACAACCUAGCCAUAGAGCUUAUGUAUGGAGGAAUCUACUGCUUUUUGUGUCAGGACUACAUAUAUGACAAAGACAUAGAAAUAAUUGCCAAAGAGGAACAGCGGAAAGCUUGGAAAUUGCAAGGUGUUGGAGAGAAGUUUUCAACCUGGGAACCGACCAAACGGGAACUUGAACUGCUGAAACACAACCCGAAGAGGCGGAAGAUCACUUCUAACUGCACCAUUGGCCUGCGCGGGCUGAUCAACCUGGGGAACACGUGCUUCAUGAACUGCAUCGUGCAGGCUCUCACCCACACACCUCUGCUUCGGGACUUCUUCCUGUCCGACCGGCACCGGUGCGAGAUGCAGAGCCCCAGCUCCUGCCUGGUCUGUGAGAUGUCCUCGCUGUUCCAGGAGUUUUACUCGGGGCACCGCUCCCCCCACAUCCCCUACAAGCUGCUGCACCUCGUGUGGACACACGCCCGGCACCUGGCAGGGUACGAGCAGCAGGACGCUCACGAGUUCCUCAUUGCAGCCCUGGACGUGCUGCACCGGCACUGCAAAGGUGAUGACAACGGGAAGAAGGCCAACAACCCCAACCAUUGCAACUGCAUCAUAGACCAGAUCUUCACUGGCGGGCUGCAGUCCGAUGUCACCUGCCAAGUCUGCCAUGGCGUCUCUACCACAAUAGAUCCCUUCUGGGACAUUAGCCUGGAUCUGCCGGGCUCUUCCACCCCAUUCUGGCCCCUGAGCCCAGGGAGUGAAGGCAGCGUGGUUAAUGGGGAGAGCCACAUCGCGGGAACCACCACGCUCACUGACUGCUUGCGAAGAUUCACCAGACCGGAGCACUUGGGAAGCAGCGCCAAGAUCAAAUGCAGUGGUUGCCAUAGCUACCAGGAGUCCACCAAGCAGCUCACCAUGAAGAAGCUGCCCAUUGUGGCCUGCUUCCAUCUCAAACGUUUUGAGCACUCCGCCAAGCUGAGGCGCAAGAUCACCACCUACGUGUCCUUUCCCCUGGAGCUGGACAUGACCCCCUUCAUGGCAUCCAGCAAGGAGAGCAGGAUGAACGGGCAGUACCAGCAGCCUAUGGAUAGCCUCAAUAAUGAUAACAAAUACUCCUUGUUUGCAGUUGUCAACCACCAGGGGACCCUGGAGAGCGGCCACUACACCAGCUUCAUCCGCCAACACAAAGACCAGUGGUUCAAGUGUGAUGACGCCAUCAUCACCAAGGCCAGCAUCGAGGAUGUGCUGGACAGUGAGGGAUACCUGCUGUUCUACCACAAGCAGUUCCUGGAAUACGAAUAGCCUUACCUGCAGUUGGUCCCCAGAAAUGAAGGCAGUGAGUUGGCAAGCACAUGUUGGCAUCAAUGCAAUCCCUGUCCUCACCACUGUCCUGUGCCCGCCACCCCCGCCAGCAUGCCCCCAGGAGCACCAGGCUCUCAGCAGCCUGGGCCCCUGGGGCCUUCGUGCAGUUGGCUCCCAGGAUCGUGAUGGACAAGCAGAGGGUGAGGGGGGGCUCUCGAGGUGCCCAGAAGAGCACAUUGAAGGGAGGGUGCACCUGGGCUGGGGGAGCAGAGCAGGUCUGCAGUAGCGCAUCUCCUGUGCUCCCUGAGAGGGGUGGGGGGUGUCACACCUUAGCAGCCUGGCCCAGGUGCUUCAGUUCAGCUGCACAGUGGUGCAGUUUCAAAAGGUGCCACUCGUUUCAGAAUUAGGGUACAGGAAAGCAACAGGCUAGGGUGGUAGAGAUGGUGGCAAGGACAGCGAUGUCAAAUCCCCUUUUCUCUGAGAGUGAAGUUCUAGCGCUGUAAAAUCUGGGACUCUUAGCCUCAGUUCUGUCAGCAGAUGCAGAGCGCCCCCCAGAGCCUGUGGGUGGAGCUGCAGACGCUGGGUCUCUGCGCAUGCCUGCCCUGCAGAGGCCUUAGCCCUGGGCGCAUGGGAGGCUCCCGCUCCUGUACGCUCACUUCCUUUUCUUGGCCUCCCCCUUCUCCCACAGUGUGAUGCCAGUGACGUGAAAAAUUAUUGCGUUUAUACGGAAAUUUUAGGUGUUUUUUUCCCUUACUUCUGGGGAGAAUGGAUGUUGAUUUCUAAUUGGUGCUGGGUGCUUGCCUCCCCCUUCCCCUCCCGUUAGUGGCUGAUUCCGCCGGUGGUACAGCUGAGGAAAGUCAGACCACAGCUAGAAGUGUCUGUCCUAUCAAUUCCUUGAGUAAAGGAAGCCAUUUUUAGGUGGUUUCUUUGUUUCCCAUCUUCGUAUUUACUUCCGGCCACCUGUCCCACGAGCUGUUUGUCACGGCCUGGUGCGUCUGGAUUCGGGAGCGGCUCCCGCUGGACGGUGCCAGAACACCUGCCGGGCCUUUAGUGGCGUUGUCAUUCCGGCUUGUGGCUGUGUUCGUUGGCAGAGCUGCUCGGGAAGAUGCAGCAGUGUAGAGCGUUCCUUGUAAGAUACCUUGCAUGCAUCUGUGCGUUCAAACCUAAAUGUCCAUUGUUUGUACAUUUACGAAAAACUGUACCCCAGAAAAACUGUACCCCAGGCGCGCAGGAGGAAAAAGGCGUGUUGGUGUAGUUUGGGAAAUACCCACUUUCAAGCUUGAUUUGUCCUAGUUGCCCCAUCUGCAUCUGAACAGGGUCAGUGUUUGUUUUUCACUAAAGAACCAAAUAUUAAAUAUUUAGUCUUUAAGAAUCACACAGUUUCUGCCCGAGAUGAAUGAAUGUGGCUGUGUUCCAAUAAAACUUUAUUUGUGGACAAAGUUUAGUUGUACCUAAUUUACAUGUUGGUAAAUUUUUAGGACCUCCCUACCUUGCCCCACCCUCCUACUGCUAAAAAUUAUGUGAGUGAUUCUCAGUUGGCAGACCUGUGCGAAAGCAGUGGCAGGCCCAGUUGGGCAGCAAGAGCCGAGCAUUUGAAACUCCUGGUAGCCCUGUGGUAGGAUUCAAGCCCCUGGCCAGUUCAUUAUUUUUCUGUGUUUAAGAAAGAUAAGUUCUUAAUGGCUUUAAGAUAGAAUAUGACCGGAGAGGUUAGCAUGGCACAGAAGUUCAGAUACAGCCCCUCUUGACCUGUGUGACUGCAGAGUUGUUUCGGGGAGAGGAGGAGCCUGCAGACUUCAGAGCCACAAAGUUGGCCACUUGUGGCCGCCUCAAUUCCUGGGGUGUCCCAAGGUGGAGUGGAGGCAAAGCAGAGUCUUUGGGUUUCCUGGCACAUUGCCUCAGACGUGGCCGGCCCCACACCCUCACUUCAGAAGAGACAGCUCUUCUCCCCUGUCCCCACAACUGCCCAUGGGCUCAGCUGCACCCAGACUGGAGUACUAGGUGGAGGCAGCAGAGCUCCUAGGUGUUUUCACUGUGGGCUUCAGCUUAGUGCCAUUCCCUGUACUAGCAUCUUGGCACUACACUGCUCAUUGUUGCUAAGCAGGUCACCUGCCACUGAAGCCCGUGGAGGCGGGCACCUGGGGACUCAGGGAUUUCUUUAGGUCGGGGUCCAGGUUUUAAUAUUCCGACAUUCCUAUUGGCCUCCCUGCCCUGCCACAGAGGUAUCCAUGUUGAGGUCGUCACCACUUAGGGCUGCAGCCCUGGGGAACCAUUAGGUGACAGCCCCUCACACUCUGUUCCCAAGGUGUUGGCUGUCAUCGCUGCACUCUGCGGUGGAGCCCCUCAGAGCUCUGAGCAUGCAGAGAGCUGGGAAGUAAGUAUAGGCCAGGGGCUGGCUGCUGCCAUCCUGGGAGGCCUGUGUCUGGCACCUGGACCCGCACUUCCAAGCCCCUGUGCAUCGUGGGCCUGCGCCGUGCUGCUUGGCUCGGGGUGUUUGCUUUUCCUGUGUGACAUGGUUGUUCUUCUGACAAUUAAAGUGGUCGUUGCAUUGACUGUAACUUUGAAAACAAAAAAUUGUAGGAAAAAAGGAUUCCAAUGAUUGUGCUGGUGAUUUAUUAUUAUUACUCAGAUGUGUAACACCUCUCUUUACCUGUCUUUGGGAACGUUUGCCCCGCUUCCUUAUUGGCUUGUAGUCUUUACUAUCUCCUAAUAAAGCUGUUUUAUUCUGA